AUGGUCGUAUACGGUUCACUUCUGGCGGUCGUUGAGUACACGAGCAACCUCACGAUCAGCUUUUUGUUCGAUGAUUACACUAGAUACGGAUUGCGAGUAAUUAAGUAUCCGUCGCUAGAUACUGGCGCGCAAACGCUGUGCCUCGUAUUCAUGUCCUUAUCUAUCCGAACGCAAUGGCGAUAUCAAGAUGUUCUCAAAGAGUCACGACAGAUAAAUGCAACAAAGAUGGAGAAGGUGACAAAGACAAUUUUGAAAAUUUUGAGCGUUGACAAAGAUGCGAAAUGCAACCAAAUCCGACAGGGAUGGCGAUCUGCUGCGCGUCUGUGA